AUGUGGAAACACAAGAAUUCUUACACAAUGAUGGAACUGAACCUUGGUGCAACCACAGUGGAGAGCAAAGUUUCAAUAAUAACCAAGUGGAAGAGUUGCCAGUGGAUGUCUAGCCCUUGCUCCUUAUUCAGCGCAUUUAAGGAGCAACCUGAGGAAAUCAGACCAGUCCCAGGAGACUACAGUAAACGAGUGUAUCAAGGUGUAAGAGUGAAGCACACAGUCAAAGAUCUACUGGCAGAAAAACGAUCCAGACAGACAAGUAACUCAAGAUUUAAUGGCAGCGCCAGCUCCUCUCAGCCUCCGUUCAUCCAGAUGCCAGGUUCGCCGGUCAUGUCAGGUUACUAUGGUGUCAGAAGAUCUCUCUUGUCUGACUCAGACUUCCACAACUCGAAACAGCUUUCCAAUGACGUCUACAGCUCAAGUGUGCCCAAGCCCUUUGCCUGCGAGUCCGCGGGGCAGGGCCACGCGGCCCUCUUGGAGCCCUACUGUCCAGAGCCCUACGGAGACUACCGGGCCCCGGUCCUGGCCCCCAACGCCAGCUCCCUGUUCAGCGCCUCACCCCUGCCGCCGCUGCUGCCACCGCCCCUCCCAGGCGACCCUGCGCACUUCGUAUUUAGGGACUCCUGGGAGCAGACGGUGCCUGACAGUCUCAGCCAGCCGGAUCCCCUGCCCACCGACACCCUGCAGACCUUGCCGCCCAGCACAAGUUGCUUCUCUCAGCUGGAGCCUGGAAGCUCUGCCCCGUUCAGGAGCUCCAGCUGGGGGCCCUCCCUAGCUGGGGCUCAAUCCUACUCAUUACAUGCCCUGGAGGAUCUGCAUCCCACACAGGGGUACCCAAACCCACCUGCCUACCCCUUCACCCCAUUCAUGACAGUGUCAAACGACCUGCCACCCAAGGUGGUGCCGCUCUCCCCAGAUGAGGGGGCAGACACCACUUCCCUUCAUGACCCCUCACCUUGGACGAAAGAAGACACGAACAUGGCCUGGGGCUCCUAUGAAUGCCGCAGAGCUUACUAAGGGGUGCACCCUAGGACUUCUAUGUGUUUAAGUUGGGUUUGUGGCCCACGGAUUGUCUUAGGU